UGCACCGUGCAUCGAUACUUAACCUAUUUUCCAUUCAGGAACUUGAUUAUGUAAAGUUUUGCACCGUAUCACUGCUCGCUAGAGUUGAAAGGUUUCACCCGGGGCGAACACCUAAACCGUAUUUUUUAUGCUGGUCCUCAUGAUUUGGACAGUUUUGCCAUGUUUUUCUCAUUUGCCGCUGGAUUAUUUGCGGUAGUAUAUUUAUUUAUAUUUGUACAAGGAAAUGUAGAGCUUGAUCCUGGCAUCUACAUACAUUCAGCACCAUCAGUUGUUAUUGCUCAAAAGAAUAGUCCACUACUGCUGAACUGUUCUGCCUCAUCUUCACCAGACUCAGGUCCGGUCACCAUCACAUGGUAUAAGGAUGGCCAGCCUGUCGUCAUUGACAGGCGGGUACAGGUCAGAGACAAUGGCUCGUUAUAUUUCACACAAGUGAAGAAAAAUCGUAAUUCUAAGAACAAAAACAGAAACCAUAAUGGAUUCUACGAGUGUUUUAUGAAAAACAAGUAUGGUACUGUUAUUGCAAGACAGGUCCAUCUUCAAGUUGCAAGGAUUUCAAAGUCCUUCAGUAUAGAGCCAGCUGACCAGGAAGUAAAAUUAGGGGGCGUGGCACGAUUUAAAUGUCAGAUUGAUGGAAUACCUCCUCCACUUUAUGUCUGGGAAAAAAACAGUUCACCUCUACCUCAUAAUAGCAGGUAUAUAACCCUCUACUCAGGAAUAUUACAGAUACACAAUAUAUCAGAGUCUGAUGCGGGUUCCUUCCACUGCUCAGUAUACCAAAGUUUUAACAAAGUCAACAAUGUACCUGUAACAAUUGAUCUGAUAUGGCAGCACAGUCGUGUCCAGGCAGGACUCAAAGUUAUAGCAGAUACAGAAAGACGACCUCCUAAGAUUGUGGCUAUUUCUAAAGAAGUCAAUGCCACAAUUAAACACUCAGUUACAUUAGAAUGCCUGGCUGACGGAAAUCCAUCACCAGUGGUCACAUGGAUGAAAGAUGGAAAUCCAACAUUAGAUGAUAACUUUAAGGAAAUUUAUGGCAGGAGUAACUUAAAGUUUAUAGAAGUCGGUAAGAUUGACGCUGGGACAUACAAAUGUGUCGCUUCGUCACCAGGAUUUCCUGAUGCAGUGGCUGAGACCAAACUAAAUGUCAAAGUGCCUCCAUUCAUAAUUGAAGCUCCACUCAGCGAAGGGUACCCUGUAGCCAGGAGGUUUCGUUUGAAGUGUACUGUUGGAGGAACUCCUACACCAGAAGUUACUUGGUACAAAAAUGGACGAAAGAUUGAAUCUCUGGAAAAUAUGCAGAUAAACCCAGACAAUGAGCUGUUGAUAGAUAGCAGUACCAGUGAUUCUGGAUACUACCAGUGCAUUGCCAAAAAUGAUGUCGGUGUUGACAUGGCAAUUGCCAGACUACAAAUUAUCCUGAAAGAAAAUGCACCCAAACCACCUGGAAAUGUGACUAUUACAAGUGUUACCAGUACAGAAGUUUGUAUUCAAUGGUCACCAUCAGAAUACCCAGACUGCUGCCCUGUUCUAGCUUAUACUGUUCACUAUGGGGAGCUGAAGGAUGUAACACAGAAGGCAGUUACAUUGAAGAAAAAUGAAUGCAUACAUGAUCUUAAGCCACAUACAGAUUACAAAUUUUAUAUACGAGCCUACAGUAGAAAUGGCGCUGGAGCCCAGUCAGAUACAGUGACUGUUAAAACUAGAGAAUCAGUUCCCGAAGCAGCACCAAAUCUGAGACUUUCUAGUUCAUCACCAUCCAGUAUAGAUGUAGAAUGGGAUCCAGUUCCUCCUGAGAAAUGUAAUGGUGUUAUCACAGGGUACCGGAUUUAUGUGUCAAAUGGUGGACAUGAAAUCAUGGAGAAUGUGUCUGCUGCUAACCAGAGUUACACUAUCAGAGAACUCCAACCAGACACUGAGUACAAAGUAAGAGUCUUAGCAGGAACAGCAGUGGGAUAUCCGAAGCUCUUAGAUGCUCAGUGGCCCUGGCUGAUACACAGAACACCAAAACAUAAUGAAAAACCACAAGUGAAAGUUCAAAUUCAGGUUUCUCAGCUGAACCUGACGUGUGUUGAUGUUAAAUGGAACAUAACAGACAAUCAAGCUGCCAUUGGUUAUAAGAUAUACAUCAGCAAGAAGAUCCAAAGCGAAGAUGCAAGAAUUUUAGAAAUUCCAAACAUUAAAAAGACGAAUCAUAUCAUAUGUGGUCUUGAAAGUGAGGAGUUCUACGAGCUUAUGUUUGUGGUGGAUGGUUCUAGUAAUGCGCUGGCUACAGUGGAGGAGAUUUUCCAGACAGUUCCACCCAAUGAAACUCCACUUCCACCACCUCCGCUGCAGAUUAUGGCUAGAACGAUGUCUUCCAAUGAGAUAUUGGUUAGGUGGAAGAGACCUGGACGUCAGUAUGACAUUCGAUUUUACACGGUUCAGUUCCACCGGAAGGAUAAUUCACAGAAGAUUAUGUAUGCUAGAAGUGAUGCAUUGGAGUAUGAGCUGAAGAAUCUUGAACCUUAUACUUACUACAGUAUCAGAGUGAGAUCCCACACAUCACAUGACCAUGGAAUCUUCAGUGAUCCUGUUGUUGUUAGAACUCUGGAAGACGUGCCCUCUCCGCCAGAGAAAUUGUACAUAGAGCGUGUAGGUGAAGACAAGGUUAAUCUACAAUGGGAUCCUCCAUCUAAACAGAAUGGUGUUAUAACCUCCUACGUCAUACAGUACAACAAACAGAGAGAGGACCCUGAAGACUUGUGGCAUUCUCUUGAGAAAAAUGGUACAAUGACUAAAGCGACCAUUAAUGGUAUAAGUAACAAGGUUAAUUACUACUUCAAAGUCAGAGCUUGUACCAACAAAGGUGAAAGUCACCCAUCAAGGACAGUGGAGCUCAAAGCCUGGAUUUGUACUUUAAAGUGUGACCAAGCCGGGCACCCCAGCCCAGGAGAAAAUGAAGAUGAUGGUGGUAUUUUGAAGGACCAGAGACUUGGUAUAAUUAUAGGCUGUUCCAUAGGACUCAGUAGUAUCGUCAUCUGUAUUGUUGUUGUAAUUGUAAGACAAAGGCAUUAUGCUAGAAUGUAUAUGGCCCAACAAGGAGUCAAUGGUAACCUUGGUGAUAGAAAUGUUGGGCAUUACCUCAGCAACCAUAAUGGGAGAUCCUCUUAUCAAAUGGUUGAUGAAGAUUCACGACUGCCAAUGAUACAAGAAAAUGCACUGUCAGAUACUAAGGGUCCUGAUGAUACAGUGAGAUUCCCAGGUAAUGGUCGAGUGAUCUACCUUUGUAAUGGGAAACAGCCUAAUGGUAAAAUCAGAGCUUAUGUUGCUAGUCCUAUUAAUGGACAGGUAGGCGAACACACAGCACUGAUAGCAUCAAAAAGUUCACAGCAGGUGUCUGAUAAUUCUCAUCAAGAUUCUUACAUUACUCAUAGCCAGUCGGACGGGAAUGUCCCAACGUUACCUCAUAAAAACUCUGAAAGAGGCUAUAAGUACGAGGACCGAAAAUCAUCAGGAAAUUCAAAUGAUAUUGAUAACGCUACCUCUAAAGUGCUACCAUCAUGUGAGAAUUCUCAGGCUAAUGGUGCUCCUCAUGGACAAAUCGCGGGUAGUCAUGGUAACCAUGACAUUGAAGACAGUGGAGAUUUAAUCUCUAAAAUGUUACAAGCUACAACCUCAGUUACAGACUGCUCUGACGUAUGUUCUACGCUACCUCAAAGGUCAGGGUCAAGUGUAACCAUGGAACUAUCAGAUCUGUUAUCAGUGGAUGCCUGACAACUGUUUUUGAUUGCAUAAAGACAUAGAUCUGUUAUAAAUAGUUGCUAAGCAACUACUGUUAUUACACAGGGAAGAAUUGUUAAUAUUUAUGUCUUUAUUUUGACUAGACUAGAUAAUAUAUAUGUUUUGUGUUUUUGUUGAUUUUUGUGAGCUAUGUAAAUUUUGCCUUUUUCUAUUUGCUGAGUGUAAGGUUAAGGUUGGUUGGUUCCUAGAACAUCAUAAUUAAAUGUUGUUGAUAUAUUUUAAGAAAGAUAAUUAUUUAUUAUGAUUAUUUGGUUCUAAGGGUCAAAUUUCAGUUCAAUCUUCAUAUGACAAACUUAAAAGAAAUAUUGUAUUUCAUUUAGAAUUUAAUUCCUUGUUCAA